CAAUCCGGGAAACUGGUGAGCUGUAGGGAGAGGAAAUGGUGCCAGUCCCUAGAUGCAAAGUCCUCCCUGGAGGACAGAAGGGAGCAGAAAUCUGAGGACCAGGAUGAGCUGCAUUACCAGGAUACUGACUCGGAUGUGCCGGAGCAGCGGGACGGCAGGUGCAAAGUCAAGUGGACACCAGAAGAGGAUGAACAGCUGAAGAUGUUAGUAAGACACUACGGGCAGAAUGACUGGAAGUUCCUGGCCAGUCACUUUCCUAACCGCAGCGAUCAGCAGUGUCAGUACCGGUGGUUGAGAGUGUUGAAUCCAGACUUGGUUAAGGGCCCUUGGACCAAAGAGGAGGACCAAAAGGUAAUUGAACUGGUUAAAAAAUACGGCACAAAACAGUGGACCCUGAUAGCCAAGCACCUGAAAGGGCGAUUAGGGAAGCAAUGCCGGGAACGCUGGCAUAACCACCUGAACCCUGAGGUGAAGAAGUCCUCAUGGACAGAGGAAGAGGAUCGCAUCAUUUUUGAGGCCCACCAGGUCCUGGGGAAUCGUUGGGCGGAGAUUGCCAAGCUGCUGCCUGGGAGGACCGAUAAUGCUGUAAAGAAUCACUGGAACUCCACCAUCAAGCGAAAGGUGGACACAGGAGGCUUCCUCAAUGAAACCAAGGAGUCCAAGUCACUGUACUUGCUUGUGGAGGUGGAUGACAAGGAGAGCCAAAGUCGAACGAGAGCUGGGAGCCAGAACGUCCUGCCGAACUGGCCAGUCGAUGUAUCUGAAAUAAAGGAAGAGGAUGUCAGUGAUGAGGAAGUGACGGGUGUACAGGAGUUACCCUCAGAGCUGCCAGCUGCUGAACUGGCAGAGCAUAACGCUGAGGGGACCCCAGAUGAUGCAGUGCCUGAGGAUGCCUCUUCAUUUGUCACAUCACCAUACAAAUGGGUUGUCGAAGCUGCCAACUAUUUGUACCCAACAUCUGUGCCAGCCCUCAAUGAAGCUCUGGACAUGAUUGAAUCCGACCCAGAUGGGUGGUGCGAUCUGACCCAGUUUGACCUGCCUGAGGAACCCUCUGCCGGCAGCAGCAGUAGUAGCAACAGCCCGGUGAGGCAAACCCCCAGCAAGCCAACACCGUCCCUACCCAACGUGACCGAGUACCGCCUGGAUGGCCACACCAUCUCCGACCUGAGCAAAAGCAGCAAGGGGGAACUCAUCCCCAUCUCUCCACACGCAGAGGUGAGCUUUGGCACACCACCCUCUGUGCUGAAGAGGCAGAAGAAGAGGAAGAUCUCUCUCUCCCCCGUCACGGAGAACGCCACCAGCACCAGUCUUUCCUUCCUUGACUCAUGCAACAGCAUGACGCCCAAGAGCACCCCCGUCAAGACACUGCCCUUCUCUCCAUCUCAGUUCUUAAACUUUUGGACCAAACAGGAUACACUAGAACUGGAGAACCCAUCUUUGACCUCCACACCUGUGUGCAGUCAGAAGGUGAUUGUCACAACCCCUCUGCACAGGGACAAGACCCCUCUGCUCCAGAAGAACUCAGCAUUUGUCACACCAGAUCAGAAGUAUGUGGUGGACAACACUCCUCACACCCCGACGCCUUUCAAAAAUGCCCUGGAGAAAUAUGGACCAAUUAGGCCUCUGCCCCAGACUCCUCACCUGGAAGAAGACUUGAAAGAGGUGCUCCGAAGUGAAGCUGGCAUCGAACUUAUCAUAGAGGAUGAUGUGAAGCCUGAGAAACAGAAGAGGAAACAAGGGUUGCGCAGGAGUCCCAUCAAGAAGGUCCGGAAGUCUCUGGCCCUGGAUAUUGUGGAUGAAGAUAUGACACAAAAUAUGCCUGCCCUCCCCAAGACCAUCGGUUUCAAAAGGGCCCAGCCUGUGAAUUUCCUGUCGAGGUCCCUGAACCUUUCCUCCUCGAGCAGGAAGAAUGACAGCGGUUUGCUCAACAGAGCCUUUGUGCAAGUGCAGCCAGAAAAAAUGUCCUGCAGGAAAAUGCCGAGCCAUUUCAGACCACCAGCACCGAUGACCAGGGCUUGGAAGGCGGUAGCCUGUGGUGGAACCCGAGACCAACUCUUCAUGCAGGAGAAAGCUCGACAGUUUUUGGGCAUGUUGAAACAGAGUCACACAUCAAGGACCUUAAUCUUAUCAUGAAGGAUUGUUCUGCUUUUUUUAUUUUAUAUUUUAAAAUUUUUUUAUAAGUGGAGGGGAGGGGGAACCACAGGAAAAAAUAUCCUCUGCCAGGCCUUAGUGUUUGGGGGUGGAUAUUUUUCCUUCUGUUUCCAGGUAGAUCUAUAUUGUAACAAGUUGGGAUAACUGCUGGCUAA